UUUUGACAUUUCCCUUCUUGUUUAGUACAUCUCUAUAUCUGUACGAACCUUCACUAAGCUGCAACAGAAAAAUUCUCUAUACCCAGAACAAAUCCUUACUUUGGAAUGGCAAGUGUUAUGAAUCUAAGCAUAACCCAUUUUUGUAGCUCCCAUCUUAAGCAGAAAUCACCUAACAAACUUGUUUUCCAUGGCCUCAACUCAAACCCUAAUUUCUUGAAAUCAAAGCCACCACAAAAUGUCAUCCCAUAUUCAUCUCUGUCCAUAUCUUCCGUACAAACAACUAAAAUAGUCAUGGAUUCAUCGCCCACACCCUCCACAUUUGAUUUCAAGUCAUACAUGCUCGAAAAGGCCAUUUCUGUCAACAAAGCCCUAGACGCUUCAGUCUCACUCCAAGAGCCUGUCAAAAUACACGAGUCAAUGCGUUACUCCCUCCUUGCAGGGGGCAAGCGUGUCCGUCCUCUUCUUAGUAUUGCAGCCUGCGAGCUUUUUGGAGGGCACGAGGCCGUGGCCAUGCCCUCCGCUUGUGCUGUGGAGAUGAUCCACACGAUGUCCCUCAUGCACGACGAUCUCCCUUUUAUGGACAAUGAUGAUCUGCGUCGAGGCAAGCCUACUAACCACAAAGUCUAUGGUGAAAGCGUUGCUGUUCUUGCUGGAGACGCGAUGUUAGCCCUGGCUUUCCACCUUGUAGCUACUGAGACCAGAGGAGUCUCGUCGGAUCAGGUGGUUAGAGUGAUCGUUGAGCUGGCUAAGGCAAUAGGCGCAGAAGGGUUGGUUGCAGGACAGAUUGUGGAUGUAUGUUCUGAAGGUGAUCCUAAUCUCGGAUUAGAAGAUUUGGAGUUUAUUCAUCGGAGCAAAACUGCAGCAUUACUGGAAGGUUCGGUUGUGAUGGGGGCAAUUUUGGGAGGUGCAAAUGAUGAGGAAGUUGAGAAAGUGAGAAAGUAUGCUAGGUGCAUUGGAUUGUUGUUUCAAGUAGUUGAUGAUAUUCUUGAUGUCACAAAGUCUUCCAAAGAAUUAGGAAAAACGGCUGGGAAAGAUUUGGUGGCCGAUAAGACGACGUAUCCUAAACUUAUUGGGAUUGAGAAAUCAAGAGAGUUUUCUGAUGAGUUGAAAAGGGAAGCUAUAGAUCAGCUUGCUGGAUUUAAUUCAGAUAAGACUGCGCCUUUGAUUGCUAUGGCUAAUUACAUUGCAAAUCGAGAUAACUGAAAUGUGUUUAAAAAUCAGAACUGCUUAAUUCUGUUGCUCUAGCAUGUUUAAGAAGAAAAUGCUGAUAUAUUUCCAGAACUAGUUGGUUAAUUUUUCAUGAAUAAUCAGCACUUAUGUUUUUUCUUCCA